CAUCAUCGUGUCCAACCUCCGAGUGUUGGUGGACUCCCCACCAUCUUCACAGUAAUGUCAUUUUCAACACGAGAAGGUGGCAAGUGUGUAUUCUGCACAUUUAGACCUUCAGCAUGCCUCACGGCCCCUUUCUCACCGGCCAAUGGUGCGAGACAGUACAGCCAGACAGUCGAAUUUCGACGAACUCCAACUAUAAAUCGAUCACGACCCUCAGAAUUGGGGCCACCUGCUGCAAGAUUCAUGGCUUCUCAUCGUUACAACAAUUCUUCCGUGAUUAGAUCAAGAUUUCGGAAACCAGGAGCAGAAUUUACUCUGAACUCAACGGAAAUGAAAAGUGGCUCGAAACGAAUACUGUCGAAAUCAACCACAUAUAGUGUUUUCGGACAACUUCUUGUUGAAGAGUUCACGAAACUAAAGUAUUCUCUGCGUCCAGAAUCCGCGCAGACUGAAUAUACGACUUGGGGUAUAACCUCACGCGAGAUGCUUGCAGAACGUCUCAACGAAUACGAGGGCCAAAUUCGAAACUCUAUUAUACUGAUUGAGGAUGGAAAAUUACACAAGGAGACCAAUCCACUGUUCUCUCGGUUCAGACGAGCCUUCGUAGUUGGCGGCGUCAACGCUUUACGCUCAGAGACAAAGUUCGCAUUCAUCAAUUAUGUUGUUGAAUUCAAAUUCUCGCAACAAGACAAGACGAAUCAAGACAGAUUAUCGGAUCUCCGACAUCCUUUCGAAUGGUUUCCUGCUACGAGAGCCAUGCACAGAACUAUACAUCUACACGUUGGCCCCACUAAUUCUGGCAAAACAUACCAUGCACUGAAGAGGCUUGAAGCGGCGAAUACUGGAAUAUAUGCUGGCCCUCUACGACUAUUGGCCCACGAGGUGUAUUCAAGGUUCAAUGCCAAGGGAAAGUCAUGUAUGUUAAUCACAGGAGAAGAGCGCCGAAUACCUGAGGACGGACUCAUGAAAAUGAGUAGCUGUACGGUUGAGAUGAUGCCUCUCAACAAGAAAGUUGACGUUGCAGUCAUCGACGAAAUCCAGAUGAUGGGAGACAUUGAUCGUGGAUGGGCAUGGACGCAAGGCUUUUUGGGGGUGCAAGCAGACGAAGUACAUCUCUGUGGUGAGUUGCGUACUAUUCAACUCGUCUCCGAUAUCUGUGCUGCCAUUGGUGACAAGCUGGUCAUACACAAAUAUGAGCGAUUGAGUCCUUUGGCGGCGGAAAAGAGAAGUCUGGAAGGCGACCUUACCAAACUCAGAAAGGGUGAUGCUGUAAUCUUGUUUUCUCGUGUGGCAAUCCAUGCCAUGAAAGCCGAUAUCGAGAAGAGUACUGGCAAACGAUGUGCCGUGGUGUAUGGCUCCUUACCCCCCGAGACUCGUGCACAACAGGCCGAACUGUUCAACAAUCCCGACAACGACUAUGACUUUUUAGUGGCUAGUGAUGCUGUUGGUAUGGGAUUGAACUUGAGCAUUAAGAGAGUGGUUUUCGAAUCCAUCUCAAAGCACGACGGUAUGUCAUUCCGAGUUAUACAACCAUCCGAGAUCAAACAAAUCGCUGGACGAGCUGGGAGAUACAAAACUGCCCACCAAGCUGUCAACGAGAGUUCUCCUCAGCACGAACGAACGAUAGUGCCCCUAGCAGAAGAGGCCGAUCGCACAAAUGGAUUGGUGACGACGCUUGAAAGAUUCGACCUGCCUGUCGUUCGGAAAGCGAUGGAUCUUGAAGUAGAACCUAUCAAGACUGCUGGGAUUCAGCCCCCGGCGCAUAUCCUGUUCAGGUACGCCUCUUACUUUCCGAAGGGAACUGCCUUCAGCUAUAUAACCCGCCGCCUUUGGGACAUGUGCAAGCUGGGUGAUCUUUUUCACAUGUGCCGUCUUAAAGAGCAGGUUGAUAUAGCAGACUUGCUAGAACCCUACGACCUGUCGACUAUGGACCGAAUCACGUUUAUGGCUGCUCCUGUAGCUUUGCGGGAACCAGGCUUCGGAAAAAUCGUUCAAGAAUUUGCAGAGUGUGUUGCCACUCAAUCUGGAGGUGAACUUCUGGACCUCAAAACUCUCAAUCUAGAGUUGCUCGACCUCGAUAAAGACACUUAUGUUCUUGGUAGCAAGGCUUACUUGAAAUCUGCUGAGAGCUUGCACAAAGCGUUGACGCUAUACCUGUGGUUAAGCUAUAGAUUUGCUGGUGUCUUCAGAAGUCAAGCCCUCGCCUUUCAUGUGAAAGGCCUCGUCGAAGCAAAGAUUGACGAGUGCUUGGCCGAGGUACAGUUUGACAGUGCGAAGAAGAAACAUUUCAACUACUUAAGGAAGAAGGCAUUAGAGCUGGAAAUGGCAGAACAGGAACAACAGCGACAGGCUCAGGAUGGUUUAGGCCUCGAAGAGGAUGUGGAGAUAGAGGACGAAUCACGAGAAUCGAGUUCGCUUGAGAACGAAUUUUCAGAGGAAGAAGCCGACGGACUUCUGAACGAGGCGUCUCCAGCGUCCGAGGCUGGCGUACCCAUCCCACCAAAGGAGCUGGUGAAGUCUGAGACGAUCAACCCUUGACACUCCAAGGGAAAUGUAUCAAAAGUAUGUAUAAAUGAUGUACAAAGGUUUGGAUAAUACCCAGGAUCUGAUAGACAUUGUACUUCAAUGAGGGUUGCAGAUCGUUCAGGGAACACAUUGCUUGCGACUUUUCCUUGGCAUCAAGCGACUUGGGAAUUUAUUCAAUCCUUCACUCCGCACAAGCUACCUAGGCUCCCAUAGCAAGGAAUCUUAGCUCGAAUGCUCGAAUAAUGAAGCGAAUAUCAUUUAAACGAC